AUCCACCGUCGACAGGUGUGCCCUUCCUCGGCAUCACAGUCCACGAGUGAGGCCCUCUCUCUCUCCGGUCUUGCCUUUCAAUGCUGCUGCCAUCCAUCAUCCGCCGCCGCUAACCAUCGUCCGCCGCCGCCAACCAUCGUCCGCCGCCGCCAACCAUCGUCCGCCGCCAUCCACCGUCGACAGGUGUGCCCUUCCUCGGCAUCACAGUCCACGAGUGAGCCCCUCUCUCUCUCCAGUCUUGCCUUUAUCGACGGACACUGUCCACAGAUGAGGGGACGUGGAAGGGUUAAGCAGCCUAGAGGACCGGUUCGACUUCCUUCUAGUACAAGCCAAGAGGAGGCGAAUGCAGAUGACGGACAAGACCAUGAGCCGCAGUUACCACAGGCAUCGACGGGACUUGGGGAUAUGGAGCUUCAGAUAUGGGUACCACUUGCAUCCAGUAUACAGCCAUGUUAUAGGGAUCGAUCAGGUCCACCAGUUCUACCAUGUACCGAUGCACUGCCUCCCCGUCCCCUUCCACCUCCUCACCGUCACACUCAUUGUCCUCACCGUCCCACUCCAGCUCAACAACCUACGGUAUCACAUUCACAUUCACCUCAACCUGCAUCCACUUCUGCUACUGCAUCAGAUAGAGGGUCAGGAUCUGCAUCAGCAUCUACUCCAUCAUCUGCUCCAGCAUCUGCGGGAUCGACCACUGCUGUAGGCGGCACACAAUCAUUCCGACAGACUAUUUCACUCAUUAAUAACAAGUAA